CAAUAAACACAAGUGAUUAAGAAAUAUGUGGCUUCACUGUGUCAUCUUUACACAGCCAAUCAGAGCAGGCCUCACUGUGACAUCACUGUGAAACAGAUCCUGUUUUUCUCGAGUCACCCGAUCCCGUGACCUUAUCAAUAUUUAACCUUCACAUAACUGUCAGCCAAUCACAGCUCAGCUCCUCCUCGAUGUGUUACCUGGUUACAACGGAGACCUCAGGCAUGCUCUCAGGCAGGUGAAGUUGUGGCGAUGGCGUCGCAUAGAGCGGCAGAUGUUCAGUUUGCUCUGCAGAGGGCAAAGAGGAAGAUCAAUGAGCUGCAGCUCCAACUCAAGGAAACCAGAUCACAAAGUCCAGAAGAGACCAGUCAGCCCACAACGACACCCAGCAAAGAGCUCCAGGACUCUCUGGUGGACAUGUACACAGCUAAUCCCAGAGUGAACGUGGAGCUGCGACAGCGUCUUCCUGCACUUAUCAGAACCCAGCUCAUCAGCUCCAACGGAUCAGAGAUCAGCCUGAGCCCCAACCUGAACUACGACCACCACACCUGGCCUCGAGUUCCACAGCACCUGCAGGAGCCGUCGACCUCCUGCUCCCCUCCACCUCCAUCCUACAGAAGGUCCGCCUCUCCUUUGUCACCUCCGCCCUGCAGGAAGUCUGUGUCCCCGCUAUCCUCCAGUCGCCUGGGAGGUGCAGAAGAGAUGGAAGUGGACCUUUCGACCAGCAGAGGUCUUUCUCCUUGGGCAAAGAGCUGUGGAGAUACUGCAGAUGAAGGUGGCGCACCCGGAGAUCCUGCUAGCCCCUCCCUCAGCAGACACCUGGUGACCGCUGUGGACAGCUCUGCAUCAGCCCGGCCUCCGAGCACCGACCGAGACAAAAACAUCUCGCUGUUACUGAAGGAGCUCGACGCCCUGAGACAGGUCAACAACAAGCUGCAGCAGCAGCUGGUUCAGAAGGAGAAGGAGCUGCAUAGGAGGGAGGUGGAGGAGGAGCUUAGGGAGAAACGGAGGGAGGCCCGAGACUGGGAGAGACCUGCAGCGGUGUUGGAGGAGGUGCUGGCAGCUCAGAAGGACAGAGAUCAGGCUGUGAUGUCACGACUCCUGCUGGCCAAUGAGGAGAGAGACGAGGCUUUGCUUCGUUUGCAUCGACUACAGCAGGCGGCUGAGUCAGAGUGCUUCCACCUGGACGAUGGCGAUCAGGAUGUGGAUGAGCUCCUGCGGCACAUCUGUGACGCCGACUCCGUCCAGGAAAUCGAGCAGUUCGGCUCAGUUCUGGUCCAGCGUCUUUGGUUGGCACGGCAACGGCGAAGUGACAUCACAGCUCAGGAGAUGAAGGCCGUGAUGGAGGAGAGGGACAGCUCUACCGCCAAGUGGAAACGCCUGGAACAAGAGAGAGAGCAGCAGGCAAGCGAGGAGCUGCAGAAGGUGCAGAUGGAGAGGGACGGUGCUCUGGAGGACCGGCGGCGGCUGGGAGCGGAGGUUCGGGCCCUACGAGCCAAUCACAGAUCUCAGGACUUAGCCCCGCCCUCCCGGCCCUCGUUGCGAGCUGAUAGCGUCUCUCCUGAGGCCCCACCCCUGAUGGAUAAGCUGCAGCAGCUGAUGAAGGAGAAGCAGAGCGUGGAGGCGGAGCUUCAGCGCUGCCAGGAGGCAGAGCGAGAGGCCACUGAGCAAGUGCGCAGGUUGGAGCGUCUGGUCGAGGUGCUGAGAAAGAAAGUUGGAACAGGAAGUGUCCGCGCUGUCAUCUGAGCGGCCGGAUGUCCUGAUCAGUGAAGACAGCAGCAGCUCAGUGACGAUGAUGAUGUUUCCUUCUCGUCGUCUUAGCUUCGGCUCUAAAACCCAAAAAAGCUUCAAACUUUCCGGAAUCAUGAAUGAAAUUUUUCUCUCAAUCAAACGUUUUUGUUGUUCUGACAUUUUAAAAUCAAUCAAAUGUUUUUUGUUGUUUAAUAAAACAGUGAU